GACGAAGUUAGUUGACCAAUAUUAUUGAGCUGUGUUCAACUCACCCAUAGUUUUGAAGUUUCGUACGCCUAUUCCUAUGUGGCCCGAUUCUCUGCAGAAUGAAAUAGGACAUCUAGGAGCGGUGAGUCGUGAUGGUAGAUAUAGAUAGUAGAAGGUAGUCUAUAUAAACCACUUGAGAACUGUAGAAUAUCUACGUAACAACGACAUCAGUAUCGGCAUUAGAAUCUUAUUCCAUAUAUUAGGAAAACAGCUUCCUGUGAAGCUACUUGGAUCGAAAUGCGCUGCUCAUUCUUCGCCCUUUCUCUUUCACUACUCUUCCACCUCACUCUUUGUGAUACUGUCUAUUAUGAAGGUACGAGCAGCGUGACAAAAUCUACUUCAACUCCCAUUAUAUACUACCCGCCAACUACCUUGAUCUCUUCUACCCACGCCACCAUCACCGAAGCAACCACCACUGACCACUUUACUCCUCCUAGUUAUUCCACGUAUCCUCCUUAUUUAACAAACAAGCCAACGACGAUAUACUCCACAACCUACAUCCUUCCCACCAGCCAGCCAUCAACCAUAACAAAACUCACAACUUAUAUACCUCCCACUACAACCUCCUCUUCAACAUCAAUCACCUGCGUUUCUCCAUCUUUCACCUGGUCAGGACCCACCGAUAUCCCAACCGCCAUACCUACUUAUGGCGGAUACCGGAUGCGGAAACGUGCUGACCCUCCCAAACUUACACCGGAACAAAGUAAGCUAGCUCCACAUACCAUUUCCCACACGUCUAAGUCCGUACAAUGGCUCGAAAACUAACAAAACAUCACUCGUUUACCAGUUGAAUUAAUGAGAUUACUUGUCCAAAUAUAUGAUCAGAUAGAGAAAGCAAAGCCGGUCAUAGAUGAAGCUAUUAAGCUCGGCAAUACCGGAUGUCAGAGUUUUAAAGAUCUGGUUGCUAUUGUGGGUUUUGUUUUUGCUUUUUUUUUUUUACUGCAAAGUAUUGAGAAGGAAGGUUGGUGAGAUUUACUAAUUUUUAUCGUUGUUGGGAUUUAGCUGAAGAAGUAUGCGCCUGUUUUUGAGGCGUUUCAGGAAUGGCUUGAUGCGCGAGGUUUGUGAUUUAUUGGUGUGGAGCAGGAAAUGGGAGAAUGACUUGAGAAUUUGGAUGUUGGAGAUUAUUUUGCUGUUCUUGGAAUAUUGAUAUUCGUUUCUUUAAAUGCCGAUGUCAUUACCUACAUGUAUGCUAUUAUCAAUCAUUUACGGAUUAUCACAAUUGCUCUUUAUUCUCAACUUACUACUGUUUUUGAAUAGAUCUGCAAGCUGAAAGGUAGGGCAGCAUAAAUCUCACUAGCAUUCAUCGAUCUAUAAAUUGUUGUAAAAAUCGGAAUAUUCGUGUC